AUGUCUGGCAGUGUCGAGAUUUCGGGAGCGCCUCAGCUGAGCCAGCUGAUCUCUGCAUCGCGCAUUGUUGUGCUCAACUUCUACAACGAGGACAACCAAUCGAGCAAGGCCAUCGCCCCGGUCUACGACCAGCUUUCGGAGAAGCUUUCGCGACCCAACCGCAUCACGUUCGCGAGGGUCAGUGUGAAGAAGCAAGCACAGAUCGCCGAGAGCUACAACAUCACCAACACACCCACCUUUGUCAUCUUCAAGGCCGGCCAGCAGAUACGCAAGUUCAGCGGGUCAAACCCCAAGCACCUGUCCGAUGCAAUCAAGAGUCUAGCACAGGAGGCCGAGUCUGACGGCGGUGCGGGAGGAUUUGGCGAGGCAGGCUCGAGCAGCGGAGGUCCCUGGCGCGGUGCAGGACUGCCUCGAGGAUACACAGAUGUCACCGAGUCGGUCGACGUGCGCGGCCUGGAUCUGCUGAACGCCGACAGCGACUUUGCCGGCGUGCGUACGCUGUUUGAGAACACAAAGCCAAGCUCCCUGAGCAAGGGCAAGGCCAGCGCAGACACCAAGGACUGGGUAGAGAGCGACGUCGACAACCAGCUCAUGCUGUACGUACCCUUCACCUCGACGCUGAAGGUCCACACUAUCCACAUCACGUCCAACCCGCCGGUCGAUGAAGACGACGACGAGGUCCCCGUGCGGCCAAAGACCAUCUCCAUCUGGACCAACCGCCAGCACAACCUGGGCUUCGAGGAGGCAGAAGACAUCCCCGCUACGCAGACGAUCGAGCUGAAGGAGUCAGAUUGGGACAAGGAGACUGGCACGGCCAAGUUGGAGCUGCGCUUCGUCAAGUUCCAGAACGUCUACAGCCUCGUGCUGUUCGUGCAGGACGGCGACGGCGACAGCGAGAAGACGCGCAUAGACAGGAUCCACUUCAUCGGGGAAAGUGGCGAGAAGAGAGACAUGGGCAAGCUCGAGAAGAUUGGCGACGACUCAUAG